AUGCCCGGAGUCUCAGCCAUUUUGACAGCAGCGGGCGAAUCCCGUCGUAUGGGGCGGCCCAAGCCGUUGUUGCCUUGGCGCGGCACAACCCUCGUGGAGCACCAGAUAAGAGCUUUGUUCAAUGCCGGCGUCUCUGAAGUCGUGGUUGUUGUGGGGCAUGAGGCGGAUGCGGUCUCGGCGCAAGUAGCAGGCACAGGCGCGCGCUGCAUGGUGAACCCCGACUACCUCCAGGGCAAGACGACCUCCAUCAAGGCUGGGCUGAAGGCCAUUAGCGGGGAUGCGGACGCCAUCUUGCUGCUUGCGGUUGACCAACCGCGCACCGAAUUCAUCAUCGCAGCCGUCGUGGAAGCGCAUGCUACGGGUGACUCGCUGAUAACCUCGCCCCGCUACGAAGGGCACGGCGGGCAUCCACUGAUAUUUGCGGCGUCUUUGCGUGACGAGCUUGCGCGCAUCAGCGAGGAGAAGCAGGGGAUACGCGAGGUGUUUCUGGCACACCGCGACAGUGUGCAGGAGUAUGUCAUAGGCGACCCGAUGAUACGGCUGGAUCUGAAUACACCUGAUGCUUAUGAGGACGCGCUGUGGCGGUAUGGCUAA